GAAGAGUUAAAGGGAGGAGACGCGGAGUGACACGCCUCAUUGGGUAGAUUAUGUGCAGCAAACAAAAAGUGUGUGUCGGUGUGUCAGUCAGCCAGAGCACCGGGACCCAUCUGCGCGCGCCUCUCUCUCUGUCUCAGUCUGUGUCUGUGAUCCUCUCAGCACAGUAACCGACACUGUCCGCGAGCCUGUGCCGCUGCUGCACCGUCACAGUACUUGGAGGGGAUGUACUGACGGCACGGACCGGACUGGGAGCGCAGCACCUUUUCCAUCCUCUCCAGCAUUUCCCGCACCGUGCCCGCGUGCCGUGCUGGGCUUUUUUCUUUUUUUUUCUUUCUUUUUUUUUUUUUUAUACCGGGGGAGCACUCGGGCUUUAUUCGCAGCAUCGCUCGGAUUCAGUUGUGGAUUAUUGUUCCCGCUCAUCGGCUCAGAGGUAUGUGUGUGAGGAGCAGAUCUGAGUGUGUGUGUGUGUGUGUGUGUGUGUGUGGACAGUUUUAGGUAGGGUUGCUAUCACGCAGCGGGGUAGGUUCCACGCAGAGGCACGUCCUGCACGCGCUGAAAUAAAGAGAAAUCCGCACGCAGAUGUUCGAGCACCGCGGACAAACCCGGAGCUCGGCCCCGCGCUGAUUGAGGACAUUUUUCAGGCUGGCACGGCUUUAGCAGAUGGGUUCAACUCCCCCCUACUCACCCCACCCGCAGCGGCUCUGAUCUGCAGCUCUCCUUACUUUAUGGAUGUGCGAACAAUCAGCGCUUUAUCUCUCCUCUGUCCGAGCCUUGCCGUGACAAUGGCCGUUUCUAGAAUAUUCUCGGUCUGUUCUACCUCACUAAUUGACUCUCACUGCUCCUCUGAACAGAAAAGAUCCCGUUUAGUACCGGAACUCGCAGGCGGUGUUAAAACCUCUCAAGAACCGCUCUGACUGCACCGUGCGUAAAGAAACAAACCUCCAUAAACGCUUCUCAUGUAAUACCGCUAUUCAAAAAGAGGCCCAGAGAAUAUCCUAGGUUAUUUCAGCACAUUUACCUCUUUUAUUUUAACCAGAAACUGUGUUUGAACAGCCGGGUUUGUGGAUGGACAGAUCAUAGCUCAUCUUUUCCCACGAGUCAUCAGUGUUAUUGCUGCAGUUGUUGUCAUCAGCCUGGAGAGGCUGCGUGCAGAAAAAAACACAAAAAAACACACAAAAAAAAAUGAGUAUUGAGUUUAGAUCCAAAUACGACGAUCCCCAGGUCAAGUUUGAGAUUUGUUGAUUUUAUUUUUUACUAAUGGGUUAUUAUUUAUGUGCUCACGCUUCCAGUUAUUACAGUGAGCUAGAGCGAUUGAUCACAUUAUUAUGAAAUGUUUUCUAAAUGAAACGCUGUGUUCAAAAUAUCACAAACUAAUGCAAAAAGCCUCAAACACUAAACAGUCAUAAAUAUGAUUGAAUCUGCGUCUAAAGCAACAGAAAUUCCGUGCAACGAUAAUUCACCAAACGGCGCGGAGUGAAAUAAGAACAAAUCCAACAUUUAGGAAUUUCUUUCGAUGAAAGACUGUUUCCCGUUUGCUGCUGGGGUUUUUAAAGCUAAAUACAGACAUUAUUCGAAGUCUUUUCAUUUUUUUAAUUCUGAUUUUUCUGUUUUUCUUUGAGUAUCCAGUGUGCGUAAUUUACCGCUAAACAAGUGUGCGUCAGGUGCAGGUUUUUGUGCACAGUUUUAGCCGUAUUUAACGGCAAACCGAGGUGAGGGGCAGAGGAAGAGAGGGAGUGAGCGGGCGUCUAAACACACACACGGGGAGGUUAGGAAAGGGAGAAAGGAAAUAAUUAAGAGCUCGUGCUGCUUUAAUGACUGUCUCAGAGGGGACCGUGCUGGAUUAUGGUAAUGAGCAGACAUACGCUGCCGCUUGUAGAAGGAGAGGAAAGGUUGGCUGACAUGAAAUCACUGACUCUGACAGUCGACUCUAAACACGUUGGACACGCUGUGGGCAGCGGACACGCACCGAGACACACAGACUGAUCUGAGGCCUUUAUUUUUAGACUUGUACUGUUAGACUGUUUUGCUGUUUAAGGCGGAUAAACGGGAGACAGUUAACCCCGCACCUUUACAUCUGGAGGACUGUUACAUUUACACUGUAUGAGUUUGAUUAAAUACGAAGAACAAGCGGGUUAUUGUCGAUCUGUGCACACCGCUGGACGAGUAUUUGACGACUCUUGAUUAAAGAUAAUUUGAAGGUUUUAAAUCCAUUUAAUUAAAUCAGUGAAAGCUGAACGGACAAGAGUAAUUAGCCCGCUAAGGCUUACAAAAGCUAAUAUUAAUAAUAAGAUUUAUACCAAUGCUAAUAUGAUAAUAUGCUAAUUAUUACAAGGUCAGAAAACAGUCUGUUUGAAAUGAGUACAGGUACAGUUUUGCGGUUUUCAUGUUUUUUAACCAAUUUAAUUUAAUCCCAAGUAAUACCAGUAAAACUACUAACAGCGCUAUGGUAAUGAUAAUAAUAAUAAUAAUAAUAAUAAUAAUAAUAAUAAUAAUAAUAAUAAUAAAAGCACAGUUUUAAAUGAACACUGUGGGACCUUUUUAUUCUUUAAAACCAUAUUUGAUGUUUCGCCGUUAUAAACGGUAUAAUACAUGGUCGGGAUGCUGAAGGUGAUACUUUCAUGAACUUAUUAACGGGUUUGAAUUAAUUAGAAAGCUGGCCAAAAAACAAAAAUAGAGAGGGCCCCAAACGCCACCCUGACAGCUGCUGAAUCCAAUCUGUCGAGGAAGAGAUUUAUUUCCUCUCAGCCAGGAACAAACAGCCCGUUAACAGACAGCAGUUAGUCCGGACCAUAAAAAGGAAAUAAGCACGAAAAAGCUCCGUAAUAAAAGUGUCAAGUGUGUGGAACAGGGUUCUGUCCAUUUCGUAUUAUAAUUUUCUUUUAAUUUUAUUUUUUUAUUAAGAGUUUUAAAAAUGACGAAUUUGCGACAGGAUGUUGUCAUUUGUUGUUGUAGUAGUUUUGUUCGUUUUUAAGAUAACUUAAUUUUAAUGACAUGAUAAAUUAAAGAUGCAGGAUGCUGUUCAGUGUUUUCUAUUUUUGAUUUUUUUUUUUUAACACGAUUGAAAGAAUAAGAAGAUAAAAAAAAGUUGAAUGUGUAGCGGAGAAAGAGGUCGUUCAAGAGUUUCAUAUAUUUUCUUUAAAUGAAAAAAAAAUCUUUGAAUGUGAUGCAAAAAAAGUGCCCCUGGUGUAGAUUUAUUUUGUAUUUAUUUGAAGAAAUAAAAUAAUUUUUAAAAGUUAAAUUUGAGAUUUCGAAAAAAAGUCUAUUUUUUUCUCUCGAAACUACCUAACCCCGAACGCUUCCGGUCCUCUGCCGUGUGUCCCCGCAGACUGACAUGGAGGAGUCCAGCUCUCAGAAGUUGGCGUGGGAUGGGGACGCCAAAGCGGUGCAGCAGUGUCUCACCGACAUCUUCACCAGCGUCUACACCACCUGUGACAUCCCGGAGAACGCCAUCUUCGGCCCGUGCGUGCUCAGCCACACGUCCCUAUAUGACAGUAUCGCCUUCAUCGCCCUCAAGUCCACGGAUAAGCGGACCGCUCCCUACAUCUUCAGGGUCAGUUUUUACAUCUCUGCGUGUCUGCACCUUUUUUAUUUCAACACAAACCUUUGAGGUUUUUAUGUAUAUAAAUGUCUCACUGCAAACAACAGCUGCGUUUUCAGGGCCGCUUUCGAUGGAUUUGAAACACAAUUUUCACAGUCAGAUUUCCUGUUUCCCUUCCUCUGCAGAAAGAAUCUCGUAUUGAUAUAUUUUCCCAUGUAAGCAACAAUGGGCUAUUUCAGCAGCUCCAUAUUUAAGCAUGCAAUAAAGGGCUGCAGAGAUCUGCAAAGAAAAAAUUUAAAAUAAAAGUCUCCCUGGUCCAUGUGUGAAUGUUUGAUUCAGUAAAUAAACAUUUGAUUGUUUCUGCUGUUGAUGCAUUUGAGCUUAUUCAGUUUUUUGUGUGUGUAAAUGUGUUGAGAAACAUGAAAUGAGUGAUGUUAGUGCAGCAGGAGGAUAUUUGAGCUUUCAGCUUCUUGAUGCAGUUUUCUGAGACAGUAAUGUAAUUUUUUUUUAAAUCAUUUCCUUUUCUUUCUGAAAAGUGAAUUUCUUUAAAAAAACUUUUAAAAUAGGAAGUUUUCUCUACAUUUAGUGUGUCUGUAAAUGUUGACACCUCAUGUUUGUGUCUCUUUGUUGCCCAGGUGGACACCUCGGCAGCUAACAGCACCUCUGAAGGUCUGAUGUGGCUGCGGUUGGUCCAGUCGGCCCGGGACAAAGAGGAACAGAACCUGGAGGCCUACGUGAAGAAUGGACAGCUCUUUUACCGCUCACUGCGCCGCAUCGAGAAGGACGAGGAGCUGCUGGUGUGGUACGGGAAAGACCUGGUGGACCUGCUGCUGCUCAGCGCCAGCCGAGCACCUGCCAAGAACAAAGGUGAGCUGAUGACAAACAGACCCUGACCAGGAUUUAGACCUUUUUACAUCCAGCUGUAUUAUCACAGAAUCCCUUUACACCCUGGUCUUUGGUAUCAGGUUGAUCUGGCCUCUGCAGCUAGUUAUGCAUCAGUAUGCUAAAGAUAAUGUUGAGAAUGGCGUUCUACAGCUGCACAGUUUGAACUCAUUUCCCUCCUUCCUCUCCUCAGGUGCAUCCCAUCACUCCUGUCCUGACUGCAGCCAGCGGUUCCAGUUCGAGUUCCCAUUCUUGGCCCACCUCCGUUUCCGCUGCACCAAAAGACUGCAGAGCAUCAACGGAGCCGAUGAGGAGCCGAACAAAGAGGGUAGCCCUGACCGACCCAACACCACCUCGACCAGGAGCAGCCCCAAGCUGGGCCGCUCCGAGGGCUUUAGCAGCCCCCAGGACACCAACAAACCCUCAACAGACUUUCACAACCUGGCCCGUGACCUAGAGAACAACCGGACCAGCCCGCCUAGUGAUAAGGAGGCAGAGAUCUGCAGCGAGAGCUCGGGGAAGAGGAAGUUCUCAGAGCUGGAGGAUCAGGAGUGCAGAGUCCUCCCCCAGUCCAAGUCCAAAGAUGAGCUUGCCACAUCAGCGCAGAACUAUAGAGGAGCAUAUGGCCUAGAGGAGAACCACCGCUCCUUCUCCCCGCCCUGCUCUACGCAGAUCGGCGAGGGCAAACGCAGCGCCUUCACCGAAGUCAAGAAGUCACCUCAGAACCUCAAACACAACGGUGGCAGCAAAAACCUCCACAAUGCCAAUUCUGAGAACAAAGAUGGCGGCCGUCCCAGCAGCAACCCACCAGAGAAGCACCUGAACAUUAGGCAGGUACUGUCAGAGACUCAGCCCCCCCAGACCUCGCCGAUGGGCAGCGCCUUCACCUCUGUCAGCCAACAGGGGGGCGGUGGAGAGAGGAAGAGCGCCUUCAGCCAGCCCUCUCGCUCCUCCUUCUCUCAGAUCUCACCACUGGUGAUGCCGCCCAAGCUGCUGGACUGCCACCCAGCAGUGGGUGACACCAUCUCCUCCAGCAGACUAUACCAGGCUGAUCACCUCGCCGCCAAGCUGCAGGGCGCAGAACUGGGCGCCAACUGCCCCGUGCCGGGCGGUAUGGCCAAACAGAACCCGUUUGUCUAUGCCACUGCCUUCUGGCCCAAGAACUCGGGGCCCAUCCAGCUCCAGAUGCCAUCGGCGCUCACCCUCCUGCCGCCCUCCUUCACCUCACUCUGCUUGCCAGCGCAGAACUGGUGCGCCAAGUGUAACGCUUCCUUCCGCAUGACCUCGGACUUGGUUUAUCACAUGCGUUCCCACCACAAAAAGGAGUACGCCAUGGAGCCGCUGGUCAAGAGGCGGCGUGAGGAGAAACUCAAGUGCCCCAUUUGUAAUGAGUCCUUCCGUGAGCGGCAUCACCUGUCACGUCACAUGACCUCCCACAACUGACUGAGGCCUCAGGAGGGGGGGAAUAUUUUUUACAGCUGAGGGUGUGAGGCGCCUGGAUUUAAUGGGCAUGAGCGGAGAUAAAAAGACUUCACUUCAACAGACACCUAAACUUGUUUGCACUUGUUUUCACUUUGGACCCUUCUUACCCCUUUGGCUAGUUUCUUUGUCCCUGUACAGACAGCGUCAUGUUUCUGGGUGUAUGCAACGCGUGUGACUUUAAAUGAAUCUAUUUAUCAGGAAUCACUUGAAGCGUUUGAAAAAAAGGGAAGAUUUAAAGAUGUGUAAAUGUACAGUGAGUUGUAUUUUAUAUCCUAUAAAUGCAGAUAUAGAGUUCAAAUGUAGUCAGACAUCGCGGUUUACAGCGCAGCAGGUUUUUCAUGUGGACAGUGAGCACGGACACAAACCGGAAUUUUAUGUCAGACUAUAUUUCAGAAUGCAUGUAAUAUGAAAUGAUAUUGAUUUUAGAUGCAGUCUAUACAAUACGGUGUAAAUACUUCGUUGAUUUGAAAUACAAAGUGUCAUAUUUUGUGUCAGUGGGGAAUAGUUUCAGUGUUUCUUCCUUUUGCGGAAAUUUACUACUCGAUAGUUUAUCUAAUCAUGUUGAAUGCAUUGACAAUAAAAUAGCUUUAUUUUCAACCCUGGCCUCCUGCAUGCUUCUUUUAAUGCAACACAAAAACAUGUUUUUCUGUGUCUUUCCUCAUUUCACAGUUUUAGAGGUAGAUUUUUUUAUUGUUUUUUUUUAUUUAAAGGCCAAAUAUCAGACUUUUAAACACAAAUUCUUUUUUUUUUAUUAGAAAAGUACAUUGUGCCAAUUUUGAUAUUUUAAACUACUAUUCAAUAACCACACAAUCGAAAUAAACUGAAGACAUAAACACGCUGGACUUUUCUUAAUAUGCAGAUUUUCUAUUUUAAAAACAAGCACGUGACCACAUCAUUGGUCACUAUCGUCAUUAUUUUAUAAUCAUGUAGCCUAUUUUAUGUAAUCAUUGUAUGUAUUAUACACCAUAUUUUAUUCCAGUGAUGCCGAUUGGAUCACACACACACACACACACACACACACACACACACACACACACACACACACACACACACACACACAAAAAAAAAAACAAUAAAAAUAUCUGAAAUCUG